GUUUAAAUAAACCGGUAAUCAGUCGCUUAGAACUUUCCGCGAAAAUGGUGGCGCGAAAUUUUUCAGUUCAAGAAAUACCAUAUUCGCGACUUUUGCAAAUUCCGGACGAUGAUCGCGAUUUUAUAACACUUGAGGAACUCAAGCCCGUGAUCGACCAACAAAACUUGCAACAAUACCAACAGACGACUUAUUACGAACUAUCAAAUAUUUCCGAUAACCCAUGCACUUCGAAUCUCUCCUACCAGGACAACAUGGGCCCCAAAACCAUGCUGGAGCUGGACAGUACCAUGGCCCCAAGCAGCCGCAAGCGAAAAAUGUCCUACCAUGAGGCCAGCGAUCCAGACGACGACAACGGCGAAGACGUGAAAUCGGUGAAAACAAACGAUGAGAAUAAAAAACAGAAUCACAGUGAAAUUGAAAAGCGGCGAAGGGACAAAAUGAACACCUACAUCACCGAACUUUCUGCAAUGAUUCCAAUGUGUCAUGCAAUGUCUCGAAAACUGGACAAGUUGACGGUGCUUCGGAUGGCCGUCCAGCACUUGAAAACGAUAAGAGGAGCCGUGCAUUCGUACACAGAAGGACACUACAAACCGUCGUUUUUGUCUGACCAAGAACUGAAACAUUUGAUCCUUCAGGCAGCUGAUGGCUUUCUUUUCGUGGUCGGUUGUGACCGCGGCCGAAUUCUUUACGUUUCAGAGUCCGUGUCAAAAGUUCUAAACUUUUCACAAGGGGAUCUUUUGGGGCAAAGCUUAUUUGAUAUCCUGCACCCUAAAGAUGUAGCCAAAGCCAAGGAACAAUUGUCCUCAUCAGAUCUAAACCCUCGAGAACGACUGAUCGAUGCUAAAACAAUGUUACCAGUCAAAGCCGAUGUGCCCCAAAAUGGCUCUCGCUUAUGUCCCGGGGCCAGACGUUCGUUUUUUUGCAGAAUGAAAUGUAAAGUUUCUUCGCAAGUUAAGGAAGAAGCUGACACGACCACGGGUUGUCACAAGCGAAAAAAACAACAAAAUUCAGAUAAGAGAUACAACGUUAUACACUGUACCGGUUAUUUGAAAUCAUGGGCGCCUGCAAAAAUUGGCCUAGAAGAUCAAGAAAAUGACGGGGAAAAUGAGUCCUGCAAUCUUUCGUGUCUAGUGGCUGUUGGAAGGGUUUUGCCUCAUAUUUCCACAGUGGCUGCUGCCACUCAAAGCAGGCCAAAUGUGCAGCCCAUACAGUUUAUUUCUAGACACACGUUGGAUGGGAAAUUUUUGUAUGUAGACCAAAGAGCCACCCUUGUGUUGGGUUUCCUCCAGCAAGAACUCCUAGGCUCUAGCAUGUACGAAUACUAUCACCACGACGAUAUAACUUCUGUAGCUGAAUGUCACAAAAGUGCUUUGCAAAAUUCUGAACACACCACGACAAAAAUUUACAGAUUUAGAACCAAAGACGGCGGAUUUGUAAAAUUACAAAGCGAGUGGAAAUCCUUCAAAAACCCAUGGACCAAAGAAAUCGAAUAUCUCAUAGCUAAAAACACACUAGUCUUGACCGACUUUCGCACUGUGGAAAGUAGCGCAAGCAGACCAGACGGAAUGCAGGAAAAUCUCGAUUUUCUCACUCAAUCUGAUGGUAAAAAUAUCCAAAGACUGAUCAACACACACGUGGAAGCCAGCAAAAUCGGGCGACAAAUCGCCGAGCAAGUCAUGGAUUCGCAAAGACGUGGUGGCGAGCUUUCUUCCGGGGGAAGUCCGGAUUCGGAAGCCGAAUCAACAGUGCCAAUCUCGAGUGCAGAAGUGAGCAAAAAAAUUGUUUCGGAAAAAUGGAAAACCGUAAUUUUUCAGAGCCACAUUUCGACCAGUGUUCAACCGGAAUCAAAUUCAAUCAUGCACGAUUUUUCACAAUCGCCUCACACUUACAAUCAUGUGCGAAACAACCUCCCCUUAUCAAGUGUUGCAAAUGAUCAAGGAAAUACGGAAGAAGGGAUAAUUGAAAUAAUGGAAGAUGCAGUCAGGGAAUCCCCCAGUAAUGAACCGGUUUCGGAAGGAAAUGAUGAAGCUGCGAUGGCUGUUAUAAUGAGUUUAUUAGAAGCAGAUGCAGGUUUAGGGGGGCCAGUGGAUUUUUCUGGCUUGCCGUGGCCACUACCUUGACUACAGGACUAAGAAAAUAAAAAAUAUUAUUUCUAAUAUACAUUGUAAUGUAAUAAAUGAACAAAUUGUGUAAUUAAAAUUAUCGCUACAU